CAGGCGCUGCCAGCUCGAUAACAUGUAGCCAUUCUAGAUCCAGAGAGUUAUUUAUAGAAUCUAUAAAUUCCAAAUGUAAAUUUUACGCUCAUACUUGCCCCAGCGGCGACUCGUUUGAAGCAGGGGAUUGGCCGGCGGCUGUCCUGUCAUGGGAUACGAUGCCGACCAACAGAGUAGUCUAAGGGGGUCUUUCUAUCUCAGCACUUCAGGUCAAGCACCGUAUUGUGGUCAUGAGUAUUUUAUUGAUAUCAAGAUGGCGGACAGGAUGUUUCACACGUAUGGAGAGUUUAUUAUAACUCUGAUAGGAACUAACGGAAAGUCUGAGCCACUAAAGUUUGAAAGCUUAAUGCACACUUUUGACCACGGGAGAGAAGAGAAACACGUCAUAUCUACCCAUACUGAUAUUGGGACUGUGACGUCAGUACAACUUCAAUUUGUCAAAUCACGUGAUCUUCAUGGCCUGCUUGCGGUACCAUCUGUCAGAGUACAUAGUAUAAUAGUAGAACCUGCUGAAACUGCUCAGAAAACAACAUUCUGUGCUCACGAGCAUCGUUUUGUUUCCGGACAUGCAUCAACUGUGACGUCACACACCGGAUGUUAAAGUAUUCAAUUUAGUUGUUGACAUAUGCAAUAGAAAUCACAUACGACUUUCUGUGUGCAAUUUUUUGUGUUUGAAAAAUCAUAGAAAAUAAAAAAUAAAACUUG